GGCGCGGGCGCGCGCGCCGCGGGGCCCGCCCCGUGUCCGUCCCGCCCGCAGGCGCCGGGCCCCGCAGGCCGCCUCCGCGGGCUCCGCCGGCGAGCAGUCACCACUUAAAGGAGACAGCAUAAGAAACUCAUCUUAUUACCAGUGGCAUUUCAACAUUUAUGAAAAUUGUAGCUGCAGUUCUAAUCCAUGGAUCACCAAAGAAAGCAGAGAACAUAGGAUCUUCAAAAGGGGCAGGUUUGGGCAGAUGUGAAGACUGAUACUAAAGCAGCUCCAGGUGGUGGAAGUGAAGGUACCAGAACAGACUGUUCACCGGGAACAGAAACUGCACCAGGUGUCAGACCUCUGUUCUCGAGUGCAGCUGAGAAAGGAAUUCAGAGCCAAGCAACGCAAACACAAGAGCUGGAAUAUAAUGGUGAACAGAACAGUUGGUUCCUGUUCUCACAGAACCUAAAGCUGAGUGAGGAAGAUAAAACCAAACCAGCAAGUUCCAGAUAAGUGGCAAGACCUGUGCGAUGUGGUGGUUUCAGCAAGGCCUCAGUUUCCUGCCAUCAGCCCUUGUCAUUUGGACGGCUGCUGCUUUCAUAUUUUCGUACAUCACUGCCAUCGUUCUGCACCAUGUUGACCCUGCUUUGCCUUAUAUCAGUGACACUGGUACCGUCGCUCCAGAAAAGUGCCUGUUUGGGGCAAUGUUAAAUUUCGCUGCAGUUUUAUGCAUUGCUACCAUCUAUGUGCGUUAUAAGCAAGUUCAGGCUCUGAAUCCCGAAGGGAGAUACAUCUCAAGGUUAAACAAGGCUGGCCUCGUACUUGGAUUGCUGAGUUGCUUAGGACUUUCUUUGGUGGCAAAUUUCCAGAAAACAGCCUUUUUUGCCGUCCAUAUAUGUGGAGCUGUUCUCACCUUCGGUAUGGGCUCGUUGUAUAUGUUUGUCCAGACAGCCCUUUCCUACCUGAUGCAGCCCAAAAUCCACAGCAAGCAGGUCUUCUGGGUCAGACUGCUGCUGGUCAUCUGGUGCGCAGUGAGUGCGUUUAGCAUGCUGACUUGCUCCUCUCUCCUGUACAGUGGCCAUUUUGGCUCAGAUAUAGUACAGAAGCUCCACUGGAACCCCGAGGAUAAAGGCUAUGCGCUUCACAUGAUCACUACCGCGGCAGAAUGGUCUAUGUCAUGUUCCUUCUUUGGUUUUUUCCUGACUUACAUCCGUGAUUUUCAGAAAAUUUCUUUGCGGGUGGAAACCAAUUUACAUGGAUUAACCCUCUAUGACACUAUUCCUUGUCCUAUUAACAACGAGCAAACACAUCUACUUUCCAGAGAUGUAUGAUGAAAAGAUGAAAUAUUUAUUCGAUGAUUAUGAUUCUCAGGGAUUGGGAAAACAUUCAUAAGUUACUACUGCUCUGAAAUUUUCCACCAAUUAAUCAAGGCUGACAGUGACAUUGAUGGGUCCUGAUAACCAAGAAUCAUGAAGUAAGCCAUUUUCUAAAUUAUUUCAAGGGAUAUCUUCAAGAAGAUCAUGUAAAACCAUUCUGCCUAUACUUUUUUUAUUCCCAGGAAAUAAAACCAAAGGACGAUAGCACUAGGUUUUUUCCCCCUACUUUAUUAAGUGAAACACCACAAGUGCACUGAGCCAUCUGCAGAAUCCAGCAUUUCACGUUUUAGAAAUUAUUAGAAAGCAUGUUUUGUUUGGAGCACUUAUGCAAGACAUUUCCCAGGACACCAAGUAAUCAGCAUUGCUCAGCAGCUCCUUUCAAAUUGGGUUUUGCGGUAAUACUAAUACAUUUCUUAUAGUCUUUAAAAAAAUUUUUUUUUUCUGGAAUUCACCAAUAAAGGGAAGCAGACCUGAAUUCAUGGACUGUUGGUGCUUAGUUUUGCACAAGAGAUGGUAGUGGUAUUGGAUUGAUUCCUGCCACAAGGCCAGAUAUUAUGCUAACUGGUCGUGUCACACAUGGUUAUCAUUUCAUGAAACUUAGUCUCUGAUAGGAGAUUUUAAUCAAAACUGAGAAGCAGCUAUAGUUAAAUUUACUCCAAUCAUGUUUUGCAUAAAACCAAGGUUAGUGUUCAUUCAUGAGUCUGAGAACUUUAUGAAUAACAGCAGAUAUCAUUAAUAAUAGUUACCUUAAACUACAGUCAAGAACUUUUUAGAUUUUUCUUUAUAGCAAAUUAUAAUUAUUGUAAAAGUAGCCUUGAUCAGGCAAAUAUUGAACCUUUUUUCUGGGAUGUGAUGUUUGUAGAAGUCAGAUUCUCAAGAACAAAAUGAGCAACUUGAAAAAACUAGGUAUAAAAUAAUUGUGAUAUAUCUCUCUGGUCAUGGCACGUGAUUGGAUAGCUUAUACCAAAAUUUCUAGUUAUGUAGAUAAAGAAUGAAUUACAGCCCAGCCCGCAUAGCUCAGUGGUUGAGGGUUGACCUAUGAACCAGGAGGUCCCAGUUCAAGUCCUGGUUCGAUUCCCGGUCAGGGCAUAUGCCCAAGUUGCAGGCUCGAUCCUCAUCGUGAGUCAUGCAGGAGGCAGCCAAUCAAUGAUUCUCUCUCAUCAUUGAUGUUUCUAUCUCGCGUUCCCUCUCCCUUCCUCUGAACUCAAUAAAAAUGUAUUUUUAAAAAAAGAAUGAUUUAUAGAUUCCAGAUAAAAUUUUGAAGGAGAAAAUGCUCAUCUGGAAGAUGACCCUGACAAACUGGUUUGCAAAAGAAUGCUUGCAGAUUAACAAGCUUUAUCUUUUUAGAAGAAAUGGGUCCAUUGCCAGAAUAAAAGAUGAUGAGAAAAAUUUAAAGUGUAAGAGAAAGCAAUUUAAGGGAAAAUGGUUACAUGGUGGAAACAGAGCUUGAUCAUGAAGAAGUUGCUAGAGUGGGACUAAAUAUUUCUGAAGAUUUCUCAACUAAGAAUAAAAUACUGUUUAUGUAUAUCAAGCAGCAGUGAAAAGGGGAGACAUUUCAAUAAACUGAUUGAUUAGCAUCAUGUGAAAAAAAUAUGGGUAUAAAGUAUAAUUUUUAUUAUAUCUCUGCAAAUCAUAGUGCAACCACAGAUGGGAUACAGCAUCCAGUCCUGAUUGUUCUAUUGAUAUAUCAAGAAAACUAUGAUUCAGUUAUGAAGAUCACAGUGUGGUGAGGGGGAAGUUGAUAGAAUUAAAGUUAAUAAAAUUAUAAGUUAUGUGUGGAUAAGAUGGCACAGAGAAGAAUGUAGACUUGUAUGUCCAUACUGGAUUAUCAGGCUUAGAGAUACACAUAGCACAUUAAAGAAAUUAUUUUAAAA